AUGGAAAGCCCCAAAUUUAAGGUCAUCAUUGUUGGGGGGUCAAUUUCUGGGUUGACCUUGGCGCAUUGCCUGGCAAAAGCGAACAUUGACCAUGUUAUCCUUGAGAAACGAGCUGAGAUAGCUCCCCAGGAAGGUGCCUUCAUUGGAAUUUGGCCAAACGGAGCUCGAAUACUACAGCAACUCGGAGUUUAUGCCAGCCUUGAAAAGCUCACGGCACCGCUGACGCGGAUGCACAUUUCCUUCCCGGAUGGAUAUUCAUUCAGCAGUUUGCUGCCCAAGAAAGUCCAUGAAAGAUUUGGUUACCCUAUAAUUUCGCUCGAUCGCCAAAAGGUUCUGGAAAUAUUGUUCGAAAAGUAUCCUGCCACAUCGAAUGUGAUGACCGACAAGCGUGUGUCGGAAAUACGUCUUGGAGAUCAAAGUGUUAGUGUAUUGACAGACGAUGGUGAUGUAUUUGAGGGCGACCUUAUUGUGGGUGCAGAUGGCGUCCACAGUCGUACUCGGUCAGAGAUGUGGCGGUUGGCUGAUGCUACGGAUCCUGGGUACAUCUCGCAAAGGGACAAGGAAGGUCUCAAGGUUGAAUAUAAAUGCGUGUUCGGGAUAUCGAAGUCGAUACCUGGCCUUGAAACUGGAGAGCAUAUAAAUAGAUACGGAGAUAAGUUCUCUGUGAUAACCUUCCAUGGUAAGGAUGGAAGAGUGUUCUGGUUUAUUAUCCAGAAGCUUGAUCAGGCUCAUUUCUAUCCAAAUGUCCCUCGUUAUUCACCCGAAGACGCAGCCAAUCUUUGCGGGAAGUUGGCCGAUGUCCCUAUCCUGGGGGAUAUCUGUGUGGGAGAUCUCUGGGAAAAUCGACUUGUUGUAUCUAUGACUGCACUCGAGGAGGGACUCCUUGAUACCUGGCAUUUCCAUCGCAUAGUCCUUCUUGGGGACAGCGUGCACAAGAUGACGCCAAACAUUGGACAAGGUGCCAACACAGCCAUUGAGGACGCUGCCGUUCUAGCCUCAUUGAUUCAUCGACUUGUUCAUGUGGAUGGUAUUUCCAGCAUCUCCGACUUUCACGUUGAAUCAAUCCUUCGAGAGUAUCGAAGCUUGCGAUACGACCCUGCAAAGAGCACAUACGAACGAUCUAGGUUUGGUGCUCGUUUCCACACGCGAGAUGACUGGGCCAAGGCUGUUGUCGGGCGUUACGUUUUCCCUUUUAUAGGUGGGCUGGUAGAAUAUGGAACUGAGAAGGUUCUGGCCCGAGGUGAAAUGAUUGAUUUCCUUCCAUUUCCCGAACGAUCAGGGCCGGGUUGGAUUCAAAAGUCCCCCAAGGCACAGAAAGCCGCUCGGCUACAGUGGAGACUUCUUUGGAUUUUUCCUCUCACUUUAUGUUGGGCUUUCUUGUGGAUUCGACCUUACCAAGCGUGA